ACAAUGUAGAGCUGAAUGCACCAACAUGUAACACCAGAUGCUUAUCUAUGAUUUAGACAUGCAAUGAAUGGCUAAAUGAUUGAUAUGUUGUUUCAUUGUAGGAAAAGGAAUUGAACCGGCCUCCUACAGAUGCAGAAGUGUUUCUAGAGACUCGUAAAAAGAAGAAAAAAGCACAACCAGAAAAAACACUAGAAAUGAUUGAUACAUUGGAACAACUAACUCAAGAGCUAACUCAGGAACAAACUGAAGGAGAAAAUGUAGAUGCAUGGCAUCUUGUCAAUAAAAAAGAACAUCUUGGACGUGUGCGUCUCCGGGGACGGGCGGUCACUCAAAGCAUGCUACAAAGCAAUAAGGAGAAAGCUAUUGAUCCAUGUGAUCAAGUCCCUGAGUCAAUUGUUCAAGCAAUAACAAAGAAGGUGGUGGCCACUCAACAAGAGGAGAUGAAGAGACAACAAGAAGCCCAAGCUACAAGUAUGAUUCAAACAUUUGCAGAUAUGUUGAGUGAAGUAACUGGACGUCCAGUUAGUCCAAGCUUUGUUGACAGGUUUAAAGCGCGUACUAAACUUCCUGAAGAGGCUGCUAGUGUUCUAGAUCAUGAAGAGGAAUUGUCAUUUGAAUGAAAAGCAAAAGGGCUUGUUUGAUGGAGACCCUUAGCAAUCUGUAGCCACCUAUUUUACUCAAAUGGAAGGUUUUGAUGCAGGU